GGCGCCUGGGAUCGACACCUUUGAACUCUUUUACUGUUCGUGAGGAGAGAGGGAAUAGAUCAGAGUAGGCCGCCGUAUUGCCUGACAUCUUGGCUCCGAGUGAAACUUCUCCUCUCUGACAUGUUUGCACCCGGCGGGUCCGGUGGCUCCUCCAUGCCAAGAAGAAGGGGUCAUGGAACACAUGCUCUCCCUAAGCAACCUGAGAGGAGCCUUGCCUCAGCACUCCCUGGUGCACUCUCUAUCACAGCCCUCUGCACUGCACUAGCAGAACCUGCCUGGCUCCAUAUUCAUGGAGGGACAUGUAUGCGCCAGGAACUUGGUGUGGCAGAUGUUCUAGGGACUGAAGACCCUAAACUUUUGAGUGAGUUCUGCAUGAACCGUCAAACCAUUCUCCUCCUCCGAGUUAUCGCUGGCUUCUGCUUUCUGGGCAUUGCUUGCAGCAUGACUGCAUUCCUUCUCGAUGUGUUUGGACCCAAGCACCCAGCACUGAAAAUUACCCGCCGAUAUGCGUUCGCCCACAUUCUCACAGUUUUGCAGUGCGCAACAGUGAUUGGAUUCUGCUACUGGGCUUCGGAGCUUAUUCUUGCUCUACAGCAACAGCACAAGAAAUACCAUGGUUCCCAAGUUUAUGUUACUUUUGCAGUCAGUUUCUACCUGGUGGCAGGGGCUGGUGGAGCAUCAAUCCUAGCCACGGCUGCUAACCUUCUCCGCCAUUACCCUACAGAAGAAGAGGAGCAGGCUUUGGAGUUGCUAUCGGAGAUGGAGACUGACUCCUACCCAGCAGAGUAUGAUGUCAUGAACCCGUUCCAGCCACCGCCUGCAUACACACCAUAAAACCAGGGGGCACUGGUAGAAACAAAGCUCCUGCUAUAGACUGUCUACUUUUACUCCAGACUCGAGACAGCCUGCAUUUCCCACUGCUUCCAUCGGGAGGAGGACAUUUGAGACUUGUUGCCCUAACAGAAGGGUAGUCUCUCGCUCCUGCAGCCAGGUUUUAAUGGCGGACCUUCACAUAUUGCUUCCUUUGCCUUUUGUUGUCUGAUUUCUCUUAUUGGGGGGGGAGGUUUAAGCAUUCACACCCUGAAUUAUUCUGUUUUUCAAAUCAAUUUCAUAUAUAUAUAUAUAUAUAUAUAUAUAUAUAUAUAUAUAUAUAUAUAUAUAUAUAUAUAUAUAUAUAUAUAUAUAUAUAUAUAUAUAUAUAUAUAUGUAUGUACACCUGAAUAUAUAAAUGGCAAAACUGAACCACCAGACAGGGCCUGUAAGGCCGCAUCUGCUGUAAAUGGAUGAAAUAAGAUUAAUAGUCUUUGUGGGAAAUCCAUGGGGCAGUACAGAACAGUAAGACUUUGUGGUUAUUUACUGAGCAGUUGCUUUUUUUAUGGCUUUGGUCACUUUUUAAGUUUCAAAUAUGCCCUGGUAUUUAGUAUCACUGUUUUCCCACCCACAUCCACAGUACAAGGCUGUAUUUAUAUACAUGUGUUGUGUAUAUAGUUUUCAUUUGGUGUUUUUUACCCUCUGAUUCACAAGACACGCAUUUUUUGUUGUGUCUCUUGGAAUCUAAGAUUCACAUGGCACACUAAUGGCACGCUACUGUUUCCGAUGUACUGCUUUCGUAGGCAUUACCUAAAAACCUGGUACAGCAUUACUUCUAUUCCAUAACAUUAUUUAUGUCAUUUACAGUAGUGGAAUGGGUGGGCAUCCCAUAGAUGCUGUUAUUUUUUUUUUUUAUACAUUGGAGUUUAGUCGUUAGACAUUGACUUUUUGUUUUUAAACGUAAUUGGCAUAAUUUAUCAACACCGGCCAAAAUUGCAUUUGAGCUGUAACCAAUGGUAACCAAUCAUAUUUUUGCUCUCAAUGUUUUAUCUGCAGCUGGCUGAAAAAUGAAAAAAAAAAACAAAAAAAAAUUAAAAUUAUUGAUUUGUUGCUAUGAGUUACUGCCCAGGUGCAAAUUUGCCUAGCAUUGGUUGAUAUUUGAGCACAAUGAGUUAUUUAAAUUCUAUACAUUUGAUAGUGGUUGAUUGUAUGUAUAAGCCUCUUAAAUUAUUUUCUGUAUGCAGAAAUUUGGUCUUCUAGUCCUAUCCCCAAAAUAUCCAGUCAUUUGUUUGGUAAAGCUGUUGGCAUAGUGAGACUAAAAUUUUAGUUUGAUGUAGUGGAUCUAGUGGAUUUGGAUUAGGUUGAAAUCAGGAACAAUGCCAUGAAGCCAGAAAUAUCUGAAUUUAUUUUUAAAAGCAACAAGUUAGUUAGAAAUGCCAAAAACGUUGGGCAGGAAAUGCCUUGCUGCUUAUGAAACCUAAUUUAAAUAAUAAUUUUAUUUGCAUUAAUGUUUUAUGGCUUACCAUUAGCGCUAUGGACACUUUCCACCCCCACCACAGGUUUUACCGUCCUUGUAUAUGCCAUGUGGAGGCAAGGCUUUGGCUCUCCAGCUUAAUAUAAGUACUCCCCCCCCAACCAUUCAUUGGCAAAACAGGCUGGUGGGUGCUGAGAUUUGUAGUUUAGGCACAGCAGGUUUGUCUAAUCCCUGGUUUAUCUGCUUUGACAUGGGUGCAUAAUACUUUU